AUGGAUUUUGCUUAUUCCAAAAUUGGUUCUCAAGAAAACAUUCCGAGUUUCACUUAUAGUGGGUACAGUCCACUUACUACAGAAUUACAUCAUCGCUCGCAAACUAAUCCAGUUGAAGUAUUUAAUUGCCAAACUUCCUACAAUAUCAGUCAACACAUGGAUCCAUAUGGAAAACAUUAUCAUGGAAAUAACAAACAAGUCAACCUAGGACUGACAGAUGAGGAGAAGGAGAGAUUACAAAUCAUUGAAGACAAAGGCAUUGAUACAUUAGUGAUGAGUAAUGACAACGCCGGUCUAGAAAAUAAGGAGUUUUUAUUGAAUGCAGCCACUGAAUCGCUUCCAUCAAUGUUACGCUUGUUAUUCGUCAAAACCAAUAGAAUUCAGUUAAGAGGCGAACUCUAUGCUAAAAUUGACACCUUCAAUUUUGUAGUGGAAAGUACUGAGUUAAAUAUUAACCACCAUUUCGAUAUUCCCGAGAGCGUUGAAAUGUUAUUCAUGUUGCUAUUGGAAAAGGUGAAGAUGUUGAUGUGCUCAUUAGGUUAUAUCGAUGUGAGUGACUUUAAAGUUCAACGUAUAAAGGUCAAUAUAAAAAUGGAUCGUUCAACUUCCAAAAACUGCAUGCAAAAACUAUCAUUACCUUUAAAGUAUCGCGUUAAAAAUGCAGCAUAUGAUAUCGAUCCAGAACGGCUGAAAUCUGGACUUCCGAAGAAAGAGAGUUGUGAUCUUGACGCAAUAACUUCCAUUUAUAAGCAUUAUAAAUUAACUGGGGAUGGAAAUCAAUUGCUUAACUUAAGAGCAAUAGAUUUGUAUUGCUUUAAAUUGUGCCACACCUCUGCGGAAGUUCACACAGAACCUUUUUAUCUCACGUCGCCUAUUGAUGUGAAAGAAAAUCGCAGCUUUAUUAUACUUGAAGACGUACUUGGCAAUUUUCAACGUUUUAUGGAAAUAACGAACCCUCUUCGUUUUGCAAACGUUGAAAAUCCAACCGAUCCGGUUACUUGUAUAAAAUGUAAUACGCAUUACGCUCAAUUGGUCCAAUUGGAAUUACAUCAACGUUUGGAGUGUGGCGAUGAUUUUGAAAUAUAUGAACUGGACAAUAACUAUGAUGAAGAGAGCGAUCCUAAUCAAUUCGAAAUUAAGACUACAUUUGAGAAAUGGAUGCUGUUCGGAGUCAAGAAUAAUGAAAAUGUUUAAUUAGUAAAAAUUGUAUAUUCACGAAAAUAUU